CAAAUAAAAUAAAAUUCCACACACUAAUCCAACGGCCCACGCCACCUCACUACCCUCAAAUCAAAUCCCCACCGUCCAAUCAGAUCUACAUCACCCAAUAAACACACACCAUUUUAUCCAACCCACUCCCCUCAGAUCUCACAAGGCUGCAAAAGAAAAAAACACAGAAACACAGAAGUAGCCUCUAACCUAGGAGAAAUAAAAGCACACAUUUUUAUAUUUACAAAAUUGCCCUCCAUGGUGGAAUCAGUACAGUCAUACACUACUCGCCGGGGAAGUAACCCGAGGCUUGAAAAUAACGACCAGGUUCUUGAAAUUCCGGUGACUCCGACCGGCGAUGUACGGCACAGCUCAGGCGGCAACCCAAUUAAAUCUUUAGUGACCCCAACUGCUCUAACAGCCUUAAUUAUUGCAUCUUGGUACUUAUCGAACAUUGGUGUUCUUUUACUAAAUAAGUAUCUUUUGAGUUUUUAUGGCUUUAGGUACCCUAUUUUUCUUACAAUGUUGCACAUGAUUUCGUGUACUGCGUAUUCUUAUGUGUCUAUUUGUUGGUUUGAGGUUGUCCCAUUUCAGCAGAUUUUGAGUAGGAGACAGUUUUUAAAGAUUCUUGCUUUGAGUGUUAUAUUUUGUUUCUCAGUUGUUUGUGGAAAUACCUCUUUGAGAUACUUGCCUGUUUCGUUUAAUCAAGCAAUUGGGGCUACUACGCCUUUUUUCACUGCGAUAUUCGCGUUCUUGAUUACGUUUAAGAAGGAGUCUGGGGAGGUUUAUUUGGCCUUGAUGCCUGUGGUGUUUGGCAUUGUGUUGGCAAGUAAUAGUGAGCCAUUGUUUCAUUUGUUCGGGUUUUUGGUUUGCGUGGGGUCGACAGCUGGGAGGGCUUUGAAGUCUGUGGUUCAAGGGAUUUUGUUGAGUUCCGAAGGGGAGAAGUUGCAUUCGAUGAAUUUGCUUUUGUAUAUGGCGCCUAUGGCGGCGAUGAUUUUGCUUCCGUUUACGCUGUAUAUUGAGGGGAAUGUGUUUGCGAUUACUGUUGAGAAGGCGAGGACGGAUUGGUUUAUGGUGUUUUUGUUGGCGGGGAAUGCUACAGUUGCGUAUUUAGUGAACUUGACGAACUUUUUGGUGACAAAACAUACCAGUGCUCUGACACUGCAGGUGUUGGGGAAUGCUAAGGCGGCGGUGGCUGCUGUAGUGUCGGUGUUGAUUUUUAAGAAUCCUGUGACGGCGAUGGGUAUGGCGGGUUUUGCCGUGACAGUUAUGGGUGUUGUACUUUACAGUGAAGCAAAGAAGAGGUCCAAAGCUACAGCUCAUUGAUGAUAAAUGAUUCCAUUACUAUACUCUGGUGCGGCUCUUUUUGUCUUUUGAAAAGCUUAUUAUUCUUGUUUUUAAUUAAAGGAAAAGAAAGGAAAAGGGUGGAAAUUCAUCAUUCUAUUGUAUAGGAUUGUCCUUGAUGACUGAAAUAUUGCUUUUUAUAUAAUUGUUCUUGAUAGGGGAUUGUUUAAGGGGGGGAAAAUUCUUUCUUUAACUUUCCUUAAGUUGUACUUAUAUAUACUGUUUCAUGCAAUUGGAAUACAAGGAAUAAUUAUUCAGCUGA